AUGAUAUAUUUCGGUAACGCUACUGCGAUCAUGUUUGCUACAAUCAUACUGGGCUCGGUAGCAAUAACAACGAUUUACGGGGCUUUUCGAGGAAGCAAACUUUGCCUUGUGCCUUUCGUCUUUUUACAGGUGGUAUUCCUUUAUUUACGAUUUCGUUCUUCUCGGUUUGUUCUCAUUCGCUCUAUUUCGAACGGAACAAGGCGAAUCACUGGUAAAUGCUGUUCAUGUGGCUGA